AUGUCUUCCACUUACACCUACUAUCCGGCGCCCGGCUGCUCCAACACCACCGCAACCAGCCGGGACAAGGUUGGGCAACCCCGCAAUACCACGACCCAAGAUUUCCAGCACCUCAGCCCCUUCUCGCCUCAAGUCGGGAGCAGCUCAUCUUCCCCAGGAUUCAGCAUUCACACGCCGCCCGACUCGGUUUUUACCGACUUCACCGACGCCGACGACCCCUUCUUCGGCGUUGAUUUCAACGCCCCUGGUGUCGCUACACCUUCAUUUUUGCAAGACGACGUCCAGCCGAUUGAUGGUAGCGGAGCCCUCGCCGACGGCUCCGGCGUCCUUGCUGCACCCGCCGAAUCACAGCAUGUGAACCAUGCCGCAUCGUAUCUACCACUGAGCCCCGACAAGACCCCUUCGUUGCCCGGGGGCUCGCCCAACAGUCAACUAAAGGAGGAGGCGGCCUCACGGGGCGUGUUUCCGGACUUGGUUCAGACCUCUGUCGCACCUCAGAACCUGUCGCUCACCCACGAGUCGACUGCCGCCUCGGAGAGCAAGCAGCACGGCGGCCCUCAGCUGACGCCUCGAACUAACGACAGCGCCAACCCCAGCGAGGACGGCGUUGCACCGGCCGCCACCAUGCAAAGUCCUCUUGUUACGGUGUCCCAUUGGGAUAGGGACCAUAACUCGAGCAUAUCCGAGUCACGAGACGCCGAGGCAGCACAGACUCGCGGCUCUCCCACCUUCUCAACAGCCCGCGAUGGAACCGGCCGGUGGAUCCCCGACCAUGUUACGGGACAAUCGGGUUUGCCCCCUACGGCUCGCUCCGACGCCCAGGUCGAGAGCAUAAACGACCUGGCGGCCCAGAGGGAUAUGGAGCAGCGCAAGCAAGAGAUCGAUGAAUGGUUACAAAGGUCGACACACUCGUCCGACAACACCCCACCAGACCCGCCAGAUGUCGAAGACGACGGCAUUCCCCAGAAGGAGAUCCCCCUGGGCGACAUGACGGAAAACAAACCCAUUCCUGGGCAGACGUAUUUUCGCGAGACGGGGGGCGGCCCAUUGACCCGUGAAGAUCUGGAGAUCAUGCGCCAGGGUCGGCCCUGGGAAGACGCGCCCAUCCCUUUCUCGAUUUCGCAGUCAAACUCCACGCCGUACCAGCCCGAGACCUCUAACGCCGCCAUAUUGAAGUACCAGCGGAUGUGUCAGGACAAUGAUUCCAUCGUGUCGAGGGCGGCGACCUGGGGCACACGGCGACUUAGCUUGCCGAGCCUUAUUGACACCGAGGUUCAGAUCACCGGGAACCUUUUCAAGAAGCUGUCCAUUGGGCGGGGAGAAGCGAGGCGGCCGAGCAUCCUCGGAAACAUCCGCAGUCUCGUUAGGAGACCAAGCAACUCUGGCAACAAACGCAGCCGUGCCGAGCAUGAGGAUGCUAGCUCCUCUGUGACAGAGUCCUCGACUGAGAAGAAGGACACCCAGGCCAAGCUCGCCCCUCCGAGUCCUAAACCCGGGUGGGCCAAAAAGCAGAGCGUGCCGAGCAUCAAUACUGCCUUUGUGGAUGUUGGAAGCAGGAUCGCCUCCAUCGGCACAACCCAUGCCCGGACCAGCUCCGUGAGCGCGACUCCCAUAACCUCGCCGAAAAGUCCUAGCGGCCUCAGUCUGAGCGUGAAGAGACCCCUUCGUUUCCGGAGCAAGUCGGAAACGUCAGGCAUCGUCGACUUGUGGAAGCGGAGCGGCGGGCCGCCGGUGCCCAAUACCAAAGUACAUGCUGCUCCCGAGGCCGAUGAGGAUGAAGAGGACGAAGACGAUCUGUACGAAGAGGGAGAUGUGAAGAACGACUCUGGCAAUCUCAUUGACGAGAUUACGCCCACUAUAGCGGGUUUCCAGCAGCACGUGGUGAGACUGAACCCGAUGCUGAACACCCCCGGCCACUACCUCGUCGACCGCAUCGCCCACCAGCAGAUGAUCCGGUACAAGAACCUUCUGAAUCUCAGGGUGAAGCAUUUACAGGCUGUCGCUGCCGGGAACUGCCAAUGCGGCUCGACGUGCGUCGACUCGGGCGGCAGUGCCAACAUUCUAGAUUCGAAAGGCGAGCAACGCGGCCUCGAUCCGCCCUCCUCCAGAUUUGACGGCUCGGAUGGAGAUAUCACGCCAGUCGAGGGCCUCAUCAAUCAAGACAGCUUUCCUCAAGGUAUCCCCAUGCCGCGGACCACCUCGUUACCGGCCGAAUUCGAGUGCCAGUUGUGUUUCACGGCGAAGAAGUUUCAGAAGCCGUCAGACUGGACCAAGCACGUACACGAGGAUGUCCAGCCUUUUACUUGCACGUGGGAGCGCUGCAGGGAGCCCAAGAUGUUCAAGCGUAAAGCCGACUGGGUCCGCCACGAAAACGAAGGGCACCGCCACCUCGAGUGGUGGACUUGCGAUGUCGACGACUGCCGUCACAAGUGCUAUCGGCGCGAUAACUUCCUCCAGCAUCUGGUGCGCGAGCACAGAUUCGCCGAGCCGAAAAUCAAGACUAAGGCCGCCAUGAAGCGGGCCGCCGGUGGCAUAGACCCGACCUGGGCAAAGGUGGAGCAGUGCCACCAUGAGACUGAUGCCCUGCCUCAGAGCGAGCCAUGCCGCUUCUGCGGCAAGACCUUCCCGUCCUGGAAGAAGCUGACCGUACAUUUGGCCAAGCACAUGGAGCAAAUUAGCCUGCCGAUCCUCAAGCUCGUGGCCAAGAAAGAACUCGACGAACAUACCAUUAUCAGCCCCGUCCAAGACCCGCCGCCUCGCCAAUUUCCCCAUGAUUUCUCGGACAAGCAAGACCAGCAUCGUGCUUUUGGUCCUUCACUGACGAUUCCCCAGUCCGGGCCGAUGGCCUAUCCGCACCACGGCCCGCCUCUGGGCAUGUACCCCCUCGCCCCGCCUACCCAGGGAUACCAUGCGGCGGGCCUCUACAGCCCCAACUUCGACAGCCUCUCCCACGGAAUAGCGCAGACGCAGAUCAGCAUGCCGCCCAUGGCCCAUCACCAACCCCAUCAACAACACCAAGGCUUCCAGAGCCUCAACUCGCAGGCCGCGUUUCCGGAACUACCCACGACCUCGGCGGGCGCUUACAUGUCUACGCCGCCCCAGGCGAGCCCGAAUUACAUGACCAUGGCGCCCGACCUAGAGCCGUUCCCUACCCUAAGCAUGGAUGCUCUAGGACUGGGGUUGCAGAAUCCAACGGGUGUGGCAGAGCAGCUGCCAUACGGCAAUGGCGGCCUCGCGGUUGAGCAACAGCAGCAGCAGUUCACACCGCAGGGGUCGGUGUCGCCUUACGGCCCCUCGCCGAAUAUGCCGCAAGGCGGAUUCUUCUAG